AUGAGAUCUGAUAAGAUCGGUUGGAGUGCUUUGAACCUUGUUGGAAACGUUGAGGGGAAUCGAGCUGAGCAACGAGUUCUCCAGAGUGUCAGCCUUGAAGGAGAUCACUCUAGCCUCGUGGUCGAUCUUAACGGAAAGCAAAUUCGAAGCAGCAGCUCUCAAAAGAUGGGUCUCGAUCUCAAUUGGAGUGAGCUUGAAUUGACCUUCGAAAGUAGACAACUUCACCAAGAAGUCAAGCUUGACGGUCUCGUAAACCUGGGAGAUUUGCUCAAACAAUUUGUCCAAGAUCACACUGGUCAAUGGCUUGAUGUACAUAUGGAACUCCUUGUUCUCCUCAAAAUACUGGAAGAUACCCUUGGCUUCGGAAGCAAACGAGAUUGGGUGGAGGUCUUUCUCCAUGAGCUUGUACAACUUGGCAAGAACUGGGUCAACAAUGCUCAAGACGUUUCUGGAAGCAACUUGCUCCAAAAGGGACUCUCUGGUUGGAACCUUAGAGAGGUUGAGCAAGAUAGCCAAUCUGUUGUUCUUUCUCUUGAUGAAGUCGUCGGUCUUGGACGAAAGAUUCACUGGAACAGCUAG